UUGGUCACACCAAGAGGGAGGGAAAUUCUGUCCGGCGGGAAGCGAAGCUGGGAACUGCUGAUUGUAUCGGUGGGGGGCGCUAAGCGAGGAAGAUGCUGCUGGUGCUGUCGGAAGAGCACAAAGAACACCUGGGCUUCCUUCCCCAAGUAGAGAGCUCAGUUGUCAAUGAAUUUGGUCGUAUUGCUAUUGAGUUCUUAAGAAAAGGCACAAACCCUAAAGUCUAUGAAGGAGCAGCAAAAAAACUUAAUGUAAAUAGUGAGACAAUUCAGCAUGGAGUAGAAGGAUUAACAUACCUUCUCACUGAGAGCUCAAAACUCAUGAUAUCUGAGAUAGAUUUUCAAGACUCAAUACUCGUAUUACAAUUUCCUGAAGAACUGAAUGCCUUAUUACUUCAGCUCUAUCUUGACAACAGAAAGGAGAUCAGGAAUAUUUUGAGUGAACUAACACCAAAGUUUCCUAGUUAUCAUAAUCUGGAGUGGAGACUAGAUGUGCAGCUUGCCAGCAGAAGUCUGAGGCAACAAAUUAAGCCAGCUGUGACUUUGAAGCUACACCUUAAUGAGAAUGAAAAUCAAACGACAAAAAUACUACAAACUGAUCCUGCCACAUUGCUCCAUCUAAUUCAACAAAUGGAGCAAGCAUUGGGGGAAAUGAAAACAAAUCAUUGCAGACGAAUAGUGCGCAACAUCAAAUAGUGUUUUCAUUAUAGUAAAUCUGCAUAAUUACAGGAAGCAGUACUUCGAAAAGUGCAUCUGGACCAGUCAGAGCAGUAUUCCAAGAACAUAAAACAAUAUUUACUGGUUGAAGUUGAUUGGGUGUUAUGUUGAUAAUGCUGCCAGAUGCAAGUUAGAAUAACUGUCAUAAAUUUUAAUCAUGCAUAAAUAGUUGAAUAUGUGAGCUUUUUCUGUUCUAUGCAUAACAUACAAUGGUUUUUGACCAUUUUUUUCUUUUUCCAGUCUUUAAGAAUAAAACACAUAUAUUAACAUUUUGUAUGUUUUUGGUCUUCAGACUUGUUUCUUACAGUUACUGUAUUAUUAUUGAGCAAAUUACUGGUUAACGAAAUAAAACAUUUUGUCAUGCUUUAA